UUUAUUAGCAAAAGGACAAAAGUUUAAAGAGGGUGUCGUUGCGUUGGGGUUUCUCUGUUUCCCAAUUCUCAAGUGAACAAAAGAGGGAUUUCUUUGCUUCGAGGGAUCUCUAUCCUCUCUCCAAUUUGGAUUUUGCAGAAUUUUUGUCAUGGCUAAGAGUUCAUUCAAGAUGGAACACCCUCUUGAAAGGAGGCAGGCUGAAGCAGCACGGAUAAGGGAAAAGUAUCCUGAUAGAAUUCCAGUGAUUGUUGAAAGGGCUGAGAAGAGUGAUGUUCCUGAUAUUGAUAAGAAAAAGUAUCUUGUUCCUGCUGAUCUAACCGUAGGCCAGUUCGUGUAUGUGGUGCGAAAGAGAAUCAAACUGAGUCCUGAGAAGGCUAUCUUCAUUUUUGUGAAGAACAUUUUACCGCCAACAGCUGCUAUGAUGUCUGCAAUAUAUGAGGAAAAUAAGGAUGAAGAUGGAUUCCUGUAUAUGACUUACAGCGGGGAGAACACGUUUGGGUUGUUAAUGUGAAACAUUGACAAGCUGCAACCAUGUGAAUAGAACUUAAUAUCCUAUGGGAAAUAGUCAGUUUAGUGGUAAAUUCUGUCGUUUGAUUAAUUUAUAUUGAAGUUUAUGAUCUCUGAUCCAUGACAGUCAAUCUUGAUGAACUCUGCAACUGGUUGAAACUUAUCUUGCGUUUUAAUCUAAAUUGCUAAUAGAUCAAGUUUUAUUA